CAGUGAUGGGCACUGAUAGGCUGCACUGAUGGACACAGAUAGGUGGCAUUGAUGGGCACUGAUGAGGAGGCACUGGUAGGUGGCACUGAUGGGCAUUGACAGGCAUCACUGAUGGGCACUGAAAGGCAGCACUGAUAGGCGCCACUGACUGGCACUGAUAGGUGGCACUGACUGGCACUGUUAGGAGGUACUAAUAGGCGGCACUGACGGGCACUGAUAGGCGGCACUGAUUGGCAGCACUGAUAGGUGGCACUGAUUGGCAUUGAUAAGUGGCACUGACUGGCACUGAUGGGUGACACUGAAAGGCAGCUCAGAUGGGCACUGAUAUGUGGCACUGAUGGGCACUGGCACGUAGCACUGAUGAGCACUGACAGGUGGCACUGCUGGGGCUACACUGAUCAUCAGGGCACACUGAUCAUCAGUGCUCUGAUGAUCACUGUCAGCGUGACAGCUCGGGAGGAGAGAAAUGCAGAUAACCGACAUUUCCCUGUUUACAUGUGAUCAGCUGUG